AUGGAGCAGACCAACGACUUGAAAGUUUCCAAACCUUCAUUUACUGAUCGUGAGGGCGACACUGAGUCUUCGAUAACAAUGCAAGAGAAGGAAAAAGACGACUUGGCGGACACCGAACUUGCACCAAACGCUAGAGCUCAGGAGGCGAAUAUAGAUGGGUUGCUGGUAGACAACGAAGCAGUCGAAAACACCGAAUAUAUAUCGGGGUUUAAACUCGCCCUUCUCCUGUUUAGCCUCGUCACUUUCUUCUUCUUGCUCAUGUUAGACUCGUCAAUCAUUAGCACGGCUGUACCGCAAAUUACGGCGGAUUUUCAUAGCUUGCAAGAUAUCGGCUGGUACAGUGGUGCCUACCAACUUUCCAGUGCUACAUUGCAGCCUCUAACCGGCAAGGUGUAUACUCGUGUCAGUGCCAAGUGGGUAUUUAUAUCCUUCUUUGGCAUCUUCGAGCUUGGCUCUUUGAUUUGCGGGGUCGCCCAGUCCUCGUCCAUGUUCAUCGCGGGCCGAUCCGUCGCCGGCAUAGGUAGCUCGGGACUCCAGAAUGGUGCUUUGACAAUAAUAACUGGCGCCGUCCCGCUAGAGAAGCGACCCUUUUAUAUGGCAUUAUUAAUGGCAUUCGGCCAGAUAGGUAUCAUUGUCGGGCCAUUGCUAGGAGGCCUGUUUACCCAGUAUGUGACAUGGCGAUGGUGCUUUUAUAUCAACUUGCCACUAGGUGGUCUUGCUGCACUCUUCCUCGCCUGCCUGCGCGUACCCGACCAGAUCGAAAAGCCGCAAUUCUCGUUCGCCAUGCUCCGUAAGAUUAUCCCGGAUCUCGACCUCGUUGGCUUCGCCAUCUUUGCACCCACGGCUAUAAUGUUCCUCCUGGCACUGCAAUUUGGAUCGGCUGAUUAUCCCUGGAAUUCCUCAACGGUGAUUGGGCUUUUUGUAGGUGCUAGUGUUGGCCUUCCGAUCUUCCUGUACUGGGAGUAUCGCCAAGGUGACAAAGCUAUGAUACCGUUUUCCAUGGUGCGUAGACGAGUCGUGUGGGCUAGCACCCUCCAAUAUUCAUGCUUAAUGAUUUGCGUUUUCGUCGGUUCCCAAUAUUACCCCAUCUACUUCCAGGCUGUUAAGGGCGUGGGUCCAACUCUCAGCGGUGUGUACAUGUUACCUAAUAUCCUAUCCUCGGUGGUGUUCGUCCUGAUCUCUGGAGCACUAUUGACGAGGCUCGGUUACUAUCUUCCAUGGGCGGUGUUCGCUGGCGCUGGCACCGCUAUAGCUACCGGUUUGAUCUCAACCUGGAACCCCAAUACCACGGCGGCUGAAUGGAUCGGAUAUCAAGUUAUUUUCGGUACCAGGGGUUGUGGGAUACAAUCUGCUUUGGUCGCGCUUCAGAACACACUCCCACCCGCACAGAGCGCGAUAGGAAUUGCUUUCCUGAUUUUCUCGCAGAACUUCUUAGCGGCGGUAUUUGUGGUCGUUGGUAAUACGAUCUUCACACAAACUUUGCUGAAACAGAUUGCUGAGCUUGCGCCGUCUGUGGAUCCUACGGCGGCGCUUAAUGCGGGUGGUAGUGCUCAAGCAGUCAGAUCCCUAGUACCGGCUGGUAGUCCAGAGCUCGAUGGCGUGAUAUUGGCCUAUUCCAUCAGUUUUCGAAAUGUUUGUUACCUGAUUCUCGCCGCUGCGUGCGUGAGCUUUGUGGCAUCCUGGGGUAUGGGUUGGGUGGACAUGAGGAAGAAGAGAGAGCCGGGAAAAGGAGGAGCAUGA